UCACGCUCAGCCGGUCGCUCGUGGCUACAGUUCUCUUCAGUUUACAAUAUUCUCCCAUCCGAUGAACUAUUCUCAACUCGGACUUGUGAUUGCAAUAUCUGAUUCAGGUCGCCAUUUCUACCCCACGUCACUAAGUACCUACCUAUUUACCCAGGCGGACAAUCUCAACACCGGCGCGCUGAGUACAACCAGUAUUGGUCCAUUUGUAUACAGCCCAGUCCCCUGGCAGGAGCUCUGAAUUUUCCGCACUUCUCGACGAACCGGGUUAACGUCGCGUGCGCUACUAUAGACGAUAGAGGUUCGUGAUUAGACCAUCAGAUAAGAUGCGCGACGGAGGGCUAGGAAAGCUCCAGAAGAGGAUGAGGCGAUUCGGCGAUACUUUAAACCCGGACGAUGCAUACCUUAGCUAUCACGACAUCAGGUUGACAAGAGGGGAUUUACAAUCUCUCAAGGAUGACUGGCUAACGGAUAACGUUCGUUUGAUCACAUUUCUGUAUCUGGAACGCGAGUUCCUCACGGAAUACAAGUCAUCCAACAUUGUUCUACUUCGGCCGAGCAUGUCCUUUAUGAUUCUCCAGACUCCGAAUCCUCAUUCCCUUCGUGACGCCCUACCUGACUUCACACGCACAACGCACGUUUUCCUGCCUAUAAACGACUGCCGAAACGUCACAGAAGCUGAGGGGGGCACACACUGGUCUCUGCUCCUAAUCUCGAUAGUGGACGGAGUAGCAUUCCACUAUGACUCAUUACCACCAGGGAAUUACUGGGAGGCGAAGACAGUUACAAUGAAGUUUGGCGCUCUCCUUAACCGUCCCAUACGGUUUGUCAACCUCGACGAUUCACCAACCCAAGAGAACGGCAGUGAUUGCGGCGUGUUUGUUUGCUUAUCUAUGCGGCACCUCCUCUUAAAACGAUUACUGCGAGCAAACUCUAAUGAGAAAGUUAGUAUGAGUUUGGGUGGCUGGAAGGUAGACGCGCGCUUGGGGCGCAAGGAAAUAGCCAAAAUUAUCGAAGGGUUCCGGAAGGAGGGCGAAAGGCGAAGAUCAGCUAGUUUAAGCCCUUCAGGAAAGAAAUCGAGGAGUCCGCCGCGUAUUGAGUGAUAGUUGGCCCGACCGCUUCUACCGUACAUACGAGCAUUUACUUUUCUACUUGGCGCACUUGGAGGAUGGUUUACUAAUUACUCAGUUGCAUUGGGCGUAAUGACGUCGGUUGGACGAGACGAGACCUUACAUCUUCCUCAAUUGAGGACACGAGCAUGGAGCAUGAGCAACGCAUUUGUUCUGGAGAGGGGAAUAUGAUGCUGUGCUUUGGUUCUCGUCUAUUAAUACAUCAUUUUCGGUCUGCGUUUUGGAUGCGAUUCUGACUUCACUGGCAAACCAGUUCUCUAUCAUAUGUGGAUAGCAUGGUCUCUUGGUACUUAGCGUAAUAGUGAACUUUCGAACGAGUUGCGUUUUUACCGUAUA